AUGAGCGUUUUCAGUGAUUUUGUGAAAAUGGAGAAAAUUGGUCAUCGUUAUGUGAUACAAUACUUUUGUAUGGGCCUCAGCCCAUCCAAUAUAAAAGCUGAAAUCGAUUCUAUUUUUGGCAAGUCUGCUCCUUCGUUUACAACAGUAAAAUAUUGGGUAGCAGAGUUUAAACGAGGCCGUACGAGCUGCCAAGACGAACAUGGCAGUGGUCGACCAAAUCAAGUGAUGACUCCAGAAAUGGGGAAGAAAAUCCACAAAGCGGUAAUGGAUGAUCGUCGACUGAAAGUGCGCGAGGUAGCAGAUAUAGUAGACAUUUCAAAAAGUUCGGUACAUCGCAUAUUAUCUGAUGAUUUGGAAAUGGGAAAGAUGGCUGCCGCUAUUGAUCACACUUGA